AUCCUCACCUGUAGUGUAGAAAAGUAGGAAAGCGGAAAAGGCGAAAAAGCGAGCGGUAUUUCCAUAGGUUGAUUGUUACAGUGACGACAUGAAUUUUAAGAUUAAAGAAGUUUUUGGUGCCAACUUAAAAUAAGAACGCCAAAGUGGUUUCCAGUCAAGUUCUGUGUGUUCUCUUUUGGUAGUUUGUAUUCAUUAAUAUGCUAUUACAGUUAGAUUGGUAUCGGUAGUUAAUGUGUUUAAAGUUAUGGAUAAAUUGGGAAAUACAGAAUUGUUUUGGGAAGAUGCUGUGGUCAUAGCAUUUUAUUUUGUUAUGAUUUUAGCAGUAGGAGCAUGGUCUUCUGUUCGAAGCAAAAGAGACAGCGUGAGUGGAUACUUUCUUGCAAGUAGAAGUAUGCAUUGGAUUCCCGUCGGUGCCUCUUUAUUUGCAAGCAACAUUGGAAGUGGUCAUUUUAUCGGACUGACGGGCUCAGCUGCCAGUUCAGGAAUCGGAAUUGCUGGAUUCGAACUCAAUGCUAUGAUGGUAGUUCUCGUGCUAGGUUGGUUUUUUGUUCCCGUGUACAUGGCAUCUGGGGUUUAUACAAUGCCAGAAUAUUUACGUAAAAGGUUUGGAGGACAAAGAAUUAGAAUAUAUUUGUCAGUUUUGGCGUUACUGCUAUACGUAUUUACGAAAAUUUCGGCAGAUCUGUAUGCAGGUGCUAUUUUCAUUAACCAAUCAAUUAAGCUCGAUCUCUAUGGAUCUGUUUUAUCUCUUCUUGCCAUAGCAGGCAUAUUCACGGUCACAGGUGGAUUAACAGCUGUUAUUUGGACGGAUUUCGCACAAACUAUUCUCAUGGUUGUUGGAGCCCUUGCCUUGUCUAUAAUGAGUUUUAUAAAAGUUGGCGGGUAUUCCAAUUUGAUACAAGACUUCAAAGAUGUUCCAAUCAAUGAUACGUACUUGGGAUUUGGAGUCAACAAUAAGUCCUGCAGCGCUAUUCCUGACAAUUACAUGAGUUUGUUGAGGUCCCCAAGCGAUCCUGAUCUGCCUAUGACCGGAAUGAUAUUCGGACUUACCAUAAGCGCCAUCUGGUAUUGGUGUUCUGAUCAAGUCAUAGUUCAGAGAGCUUUAUCUGCAAAAAAUCUCUCACAUGCCAAAGCCGGAUGCAUUUUGGCUGGAUAUUUGAAACUUCUGCCUCUAUUCCUCUUGAUUUUUCCUGGAAUGGCUGCCAGAAUUUUGUUUCCAAAUGAAGUGGCAUGUUCCAAUCCAGAAAAAUGCAAAGAUAUCUGCGGUAGUGAACUCGGCUGCACAAAUAUAGCCUAUCCAAAACUUGUUUUGGAAUUGAUGCCGGCAGGUGCUCGAGGCCUUAUGAUAUCCGUCAUGCUAGCAGCUCUCAUGAGUUCUCUGACUUCCAUUUUUAAUAGCAGUUCCACCAUUUUUACCAUAGACAUCUGGAAAAGAAUUCGAAAAAAUGCUUCUGACACUGAACUCCUCAUCGUUGGAAGGCUGUUUGUGGUCUUCUUGAUUGUGGUGAGCAUAGUGUGGAUACCGAUUGUUCAAGCUGCACAGAACAGUCAACUCUUCCACUACAUUCAGAGUGUCACUUCAUUUUUAGCUCCACCUGUCUGCGCUGUUUAUAUACUAGCCAUCAUAUUUAAAAGAGUCAACGAGCAGGGUGCUUUCUGGGGCUUGAUGGUUGGACUUAUUGUUGGCAUGAUCAGGUUUAUUUGGGAAUUCUCUUAUUCGGUUCCCAGUUGCGCUUCUAAGUUGCCAGAUCCACGUCCUGAUAUCAUUACCAAAGUACACUAUCUUCAUUUUGGAAUAAUUUUGUUUUUCAUCACCUGCAUCGUCACAUUUACAGUGUCCUACUUAACACAACCAAUCGCCAAGAAACACUUACACAGACUGUUGUUUUGGAAUCGCCGCAGUGAAGAUGUUCGGGUGGAUAUAACAAAGAAGACGAUCAUUUCGAAUGAUAAGGGAGCAGAGCUCGGCGAAAUAAAUACAGCCUUUGACGACAGAUAUAACGAUGAGAAAUUCAAUAACGACUUGAACCUUGAGGACGUGGCAGUUACAAUUACAAAACAAGAGUCAGUUUUAAAAUUUAAAGAAGUAGAAGCUUCAAAUCCUGCAUCCUCUGACGAUCAAAAAUUUCAAUGGAAAAGAGUUUUGUAUUUCAUAUGUGGCAUCAACAAAGAUGGAAUCGACGGGAUAGCUGAAGAAACAAUUUCAGCCGAAGAAGAAGCUAGGCUGGCAGCUAAGGCAAUCGAAGAAAAACCUUUGUGGAGAAGAAUUUGUAAUGCCAAUGCUUUACUUCUUAUAGUUGUCUGUUCGUUUAUAUGGGGAUACUACGCUUAGAAAAAGAAAAUAAAUAUUUUUUAAAGUAAUGUAAAUAUUUUUCACAGAUUCUACAGACUCCAAAAGAAGUGUUAGGACUUGCGAACUGUGGUGUUUUUGGUACAACAUGACUGGCAAACCAAAAAACCUCAAUCAUGGCGUAAAAUUUUUAUUAUUUUACAUCAAUUGCAGUAAUUAGCCAUAAUGUUGCAACACCCAUCUUAUCAGAAUAUUUUCUUCUUCACAUUUCACAUUCCGUAAUUUGACAGCAUUUUAUUUAUUUUUUUAAACAGAAAUAUAAACAAAUUAUUUUGUGAUAGGUAUGUGUUCCAUCAUGUGAUGUAAUAUCCACUGAAUACUUGUGUGUAUUUGAAAAUACUUUUCGUUUGGAGAUAAUGAUUUUGUAGUUUAAGGAUGUUCUUAAAAUAUAUGAGUACAACAAUGUAUGGGUUUUGAUAGUAUGCUGCUCGGGAAAUUGAAGAUUCAUCACAAAAAAGAGCUUAUUGUAGAAUUUAGACACUCUCAUUUUGAAUGUUUCAGCAUAGUACUUUAAUAUGCUACUGUGUGUAUUUUAGUAAUGAACAUCAAUUAUUUAAUUUUAUACGUAUAAAACUGAAUUAUUGAUGGUUAAUUUAAAAUACAAUUAAUAAAAUAAAAAACUAUUAUCAGUAUUAUAUAAAGAGUUACACGUCUUUUAGAAUGCUGAACUAAAUGAGUUAAUAUCUAACUCAAUGAUUUCUGAAAAUUAGAAAUAAUUGGAAUAUUGGUAUGUUUUAUAGGUCAUACCAGUUGAUAAAUGAAACAAAUAUUUGUUUACAUUUUUUUUGUAUAUAUGUUGUAAA